CACCAUUACGCGCUCUCUCUCUCUCUCUCUCUCAAAGCCCAAGUCAACAACAAGGGGAACUUCUUUGCACUCUUUGAAACGUCCAUGGGGUAUCUGAGUCUUGUUGGUCAAAGAAGAAUGCACCGACCGUCAUUGUAAUGAGAGCUACCCUUCUGGCUUCUGCUUCUUUUCAGCCUGCAGCUGCCUCCUACUUUCCUCUUCUUCUUCACUAGAAUUUUCCAUCACCAAUCUCAACCCUAGGAAAAAAAACCCACAAAAAUUUGAGGAAGAAAAAAAAAAAUCCACAAUAAUAACAAGAAACAAGAAAGAGAAAAGUGUUAGCUUUAGAGUAUAUAGCUCCCAACCCACCUGCUUUUUUUCUUCUUCCCUUAGAUCUUCAAGAUCUAGGAAUUUGAGGUAGUAAAAAAGUUUUUUUUCUUCUAAUUUUUCACUUUUAUUUUAUUUUUUUGUUUAUCAUGAAUUUUGGAGCAGCAGCCGGAGGAGCUAUAGGUGGUGGAAUUUCUACUGAGGAUGACCAAAAUAUGGUGAGAGGUAAGCUUCCUUUCUCCUAUGCCUCCUCUCCCACUUCAUCUUCAUCUUCUCCUCACUACAACAAAACCACCGGCAUAGCUACUAUGGUCCCUUCUUCCGCUGUCAGCAGCUGGCACGACAGUGGCAGCCGCUCCGACAUGAAGCUCGAGCUCAUGGACUCGUCCCCCCGAGAAAACAAUGAAGGUGGUGGUGCUCAAAGAGAAGAAAACCCAAUCCCCAUAGAGAGGGAGCACAUGUUCGACAAAGUCGUGACGCCGAGCGACGUGGGGAAACUCAACCGCCUCGUCAUCCCGAAACAGCACGCGGAGAAGUACUUCCCGUUGGAUUCUUCCAGCAACGAGAAAGGGCUUCUGCUGAAUUUCGAGGACCGGAACGGGAAGUCAUGGCGGUUUAGGUACUCCUACUGGAACAGCAGCCAGAGCUACGUGAUGACCAAAGGGUGGAGCAGGUUUGUGAAGGAGAAAAAGCUUGAUGCUGGCGACAUAGUCUCAUUCCAGCGAGGGCUUGGUGAGGUGGGGAAAGACCAUCUUUUUAUUGAUUGGCGGCGCCGCCCGGAUGCGCCUGAUCCAAAUCAUCAUCCCCACCACCACUACCCGCUUCAUUCUCAUCAUCCACAUUAUCAGCCCAAUUUUGCAAUUCCUCAUCAGCAUCAAUACUCCUGGAAUCCCCACCGGUCGGUUCCAUGGAGCCCGUUGCUGAUGAGACCGCCUGGGGCAGUAAUGACUCGGGAACACUUGCACUUGUCGCAGCCGCAGAUUAAUUCCGGCGUGCAUCACCCCUAUCGGAAUACUGGGACCAGCGGUGGUGGUGGCUCGGGUUCUUAUGGUUACGGAAAUGUGGUUAACUCUUCUGGCCCGAUUUAUUAUAUGAGAUCAGCUUCGUCUGCUGCCGGCCCGCCACAGUUUUACGAGCAAGAGGGCAGUGGACUAAUAGAAUUACAACAACAGCAACAACAUCAACAAGUACAGCUGGGUCGAGUUCAUAAUGAGUCGAGUAUGGUUUUGGAGUCGGUGCCGCUGGUCCAUGGGAAGGCGGCAGCCAAGCGGAUGAGGCUAUUUGGAGUUAACAUGGAGUGUCCCAUAUCGGAGUCGGAUCAUGAAUGUGACUUAUUGCCUUCAGCCACAUUAUCAUCAUCCUCAUCGUCAUCCCAGUAUCAUCAUCAUCAUGCUCUCCAACAACUCUCUCCGUCGCAACCCCCACCACUCCAAUUAAGGCUAUAUGACGGCAUGCCUCUCCGCCACCAAGCUAUGCCCUCUACCACCACUACUAGUACCACCACCGACUUUCUCAACAUAAGUGGGAAGGCCUCAUCAUCUUCCAUGUCCUUGGACUUUGAGGUCUAAUUCGCUAAUCCAUCACACAAAUGCCGAUAAUCAUCUAACGGUGGCGAAAUUAAGACAAAAAACAAGGAAUGAAGAAGGAGAAAACGAUGAUGUGGCAGAUUGGCAAUUGAAUAAGAAGAAUUAAUUUGGAAGAUGAACAGAUUUUUCAGCUCGAUUGGUGAUAGUCAUUGGUACAGAAACGGUACAAGGUUUGGGGUUUUUUUUUUAGAAGAGAAUGAACUGAUGAUGAUCUAAGUGAUAGAAAUGCCAACAAAUGUUAUCCAACUGAUCAUGUCUUUAUCUUUAUUAGUUUUUUUAACCUUAAUUUUCAUGUGUAUAAAUAUUUUUUUUAUUUAAUAUAACAACAAUCUAUAUGGAUAGAUAUAGAUCAUAGUCAGCGCAGUGGUAUAUUCUAUCAAGACAUAGAUCCAUCAUUUCCCCAAGAUUUCAUGCUCUCCUUUUGUAUCACUCAUGAUCUGAAAUAUGAAUUUGUUACUAUUUAUAAUCUUUAUUUAUUUAUAUAUUAAUCUCUUCGGCUA